AUGGAUUCCAACCCGGAUCCAAUGGUGAUGGAUACCACCGCCGACUCCUUCAAGCCCUUUACCGUCGCCGAGCGCAUCCAGCAACUUGGCGAGAUUGACAAGAACAUAUCCAAACUCAUGGCCCACACGGCCUCUGCUCUCAGCGCCCUCACCCCUUCCUCCACCGUCCCGCUCUCCACCCAGAAGCAGACUUUUCAGGACUCCAUGGACGCAUUCAUGACCACCCUACACACCGUCGAUGUCCACAUGAAGCGCCAGAUCCUCGGCCUCGAGGAGGCCGGCAUCAUUGACCUGGCCAACGAUCGUGCCAACGCUGCCGCCCUCGCUGCUGAUGAUGAGGCCGGUCCCGCUUCCUCACUCAACCCCACCGCUGCCGGCACUAUUGGUAACCUGGAUGUCGGAUGGCUCAACAGCAGGAAGAACCGCGUCGAAAGGGAAAUGGAGGCAGAGCUUUGGGCCAAGGGAAGAGCGUUCCUCGAGACUAGCGGCAAGGAUGCUGCCCAUGUCAAGGAGAGCCAAUGGAGGACAACCUGGCGUAAUAUUUAA